AUUCACGAUAUAAAUAUAUAUUGGUCUUAAUUAUAAGCCUCACUAUUUCAUUCUCACUUUCUCUCACACUUAAAUUCCACUCUCAAUAAUAGUGUGUCUUGUGUUAAUCUUUUCUUCAAUUUCUUCUUCACUCCCAAUUCAAUUUAUUUAUUUGGGGAUGAUGAAAUUGGAGGAAUUUCACGAUCAAAAUAUGAUCGUGAAAGGGAAGCGGACGAAGCGGGCACGGGCGUCUUCCUCCGCCUCCUCCAACGCGGAGUUAUACAACUCAUCUCCGGCCACCUCAAGCGGGAUAUCGAGGAGCACGGAAGAGGACGAGGACAUGGCCAACUGCUUGAUCCUCCUCGCGCGUGGGAAUUCCCCUCCGCAGCCCGACGAAAUCAAGGCUAAAUUCAGCAGCCGGAAAUUCGCCGAGAUGGCCACCACCGCCGUCGGAAAAGUAGGCAUCUACGUCUACGAGUGCAAGACCUGCAACAGAACCUUCCCGUCGUUCCAAGCGCUGGGCGGCCACCGCGCCAGCCACAAGAAGCCCAAAACCGCCGGCGAGGCUGAUCAGAAGCCGGAAAAUCAAGAAUUGGAAGGUGGAAAGGAGUUGAGGAAAUUAACCACUGUUUCUCCACCACCAUCAACGCAAAAUGAUCCCAACAAGUCCAAAAUGCACGAGUGCUCCAUUUGCGGCUCCGAAUUCGGAUCCGGGCAGGCCCUCGGCGGCCACAUGCGGCGGCAUAGGUCGGCCGCGCCGCCUAGUGCUAGCGGAAGGAUUCCCGGUGACCAAACGACGUCGCACGAAGAGAAGGCGAGGAAUAUGUUGGCAUUGGAUCUCAACCUACCGGCGCCGCCGGAGGAUGAGAAACUACAGCCGCUAGUGUUCUCCGCCGCCGCGCUGGUGGAUUGCCACUACUAGAUAGGAGGAAAAUUGGGGUUGACAUUUGAUCAUGUGAAUAAUUAUUUUUCUUACCCACAAUACUAUUAUAAAUUUAUGAGUCCCAUUAUUCAUUAUUGUUUGGGUUAUAAUUAAUUCAUUGAAUACACAUUUUGGUUGAUUUUCAUAUUUUA